CUCCCUACUCUACGGUGAUUCUCGACCAUGGUCGUACGCAGCAGGUCGCAGUGGCGCCCGUUUCCAUUCGGUUCCAAGAACUGCUUCAGUCGGUCGAGUGACAGACGUUGGAACGAGAUUGAAAAGAGGCCUAAUCAGCGAAGUGGAAGCCGGGCUUGACCCGGUAUGGUUCGUGGUGUCACACUCAAAUCCUGUUUUAUCACGUCUUUCUUUGCUUUGGCAUCCCCCAGAAUUCCGCCUCGUGUCAUCAAUUCGUCUAGAUCAAGCUAUCGUCAUGGCCCAGCUUUAGUGAAGCAUGUGGGGGUCUCUUCAAGGAAGUGAUGAGAUGCUAGUGUUCCUGAAGAUGCAUGAUGAAACAGCCAGACAAAGACCUUCCUUGGGACUAGCAGUGCAUCCCGAAAGUGAUCCAGACCCACAAGUUCAUAAUAGUCUACAAGGCCAUGCAGAGACACAUUUACCAAUUGGAGAUGUAAUUGAGGCACAACCACUAUUGGAGAUUCCCCUAAUAAGAAGAGGUGUCACUGAAGGAGAUAGCAAUCCCCUGGGAUUCUCAUGGUCUGCUUCAUUGAAUCUAUCAAGUCACUCUGGGGCUUGCAGAGUGCCAAAGGGUGAUAACCCCCAUCAUAAUGGAGUCUCAACUGGUGAAGAAUCUCAUUCCAAUGGAACACCUAAUGGUCAUGAACCUCAGCCUAAUGAACCUCAUUCAGCAGAGUUUAAUCACAUGAAGACCAUGUUGACUCAGAGUUCCAAUUUGAUCCCUGUUGGAGUUGCACGAAAUGACAGGCAUUACAAUAUGGACCACCCUCGGCGGGGCAAAGCCCUUGUCUUCAAUCAUGAAGUUUUCCAUGAAGAUACUGAACUGUCAAGGCGGGAUGGUACCAAUCAAGAUCGGGAACGUUUAGUUCAUGCUCUGGGGAACUUGGGCUUUGAGGUCAUUAUCUUCAAUGAUAAGACAUACCAGCAUAUUAUGGAAGCCAUUGACAAGGUUGCCCAAGAGAACCAUCAGCAGUGUGACUGUCUCAUAGUAUGCAUUCUAAGCCAUGGGGAACACGGUAUGCUUUAUGCCUAUGAUCGAGCAUAUAAGCCUCAUUUCCUCUGGGCCCCAUUCACUGCAGACCGUUGUCCAUCUUUGGCUGGCAAGCCCAAGAUGUUUUUCAUUCAGGCAUGCCGAGGAACUGAUGUUGAUGAUGGUGUGAGUGUGACCCAAUUCACAAGCAGCCACACUCAUACGGAUUCCAUCCUAGAACUGGACUCUUAUCGGAUUCCUGUUCAGGCAGAUUUUCUUAUUGCACACUCUACUAAUGGAGUGUCCAUUGCAGGGUACUAUUCCUGGCGGAGUGGAGCCAAUGGCUCCUGGUUCAUCCAAUCUUUGUGUGAAGUCCUGCUCAAAUAUUCAAAUGAGGAAGAUCUGAUGAGCAUGUUGGCAGAAAUGACACGAAUAGUAGGUAUUGAGCAUGAAUCCAAUGUUCCAAAUCAGCUGACCAUGCAUCACAAGAAGCAAGUGCCUGCUGUUACAACCACACUCACGCGAAGGAAUGGAGUGUCCAUUGCAGGGUACUAUUCCUGGCGGAGUGGAGCCAAUGGCUCUUGGUUCAUCCAAUCUUUGUGUGAAGUCCUGCUCAAAUAUUCAAACGAGGAAGAUCUGAUGAGCAUGUUGGCAGAAAUGACACGUAUAGUAGGUAUCGAGCAUGAAUCCAAUGUUCCAAAUCAGCUGACCAUGCAUCACAAGAAGCAAGUGCCUGCUGUUACAACCACACUCACGCGAAGGAGUUCUGAUUCAAUCCCCAUUGGGGUUGCACGGCAUGAUCCAAACUACAAGAUGGACCACCUCCUGCGAGGCAAAGCACUUGUGUUCAAUCAUGAAUUUUUCUGCAAAUACUUAAAGCUGCCAGACCGUGAGGGAACUAUACAAGAUCGGGAUCGACUUGUUCAUGCCUUGGGACAUUUGGGUUUUCAGGUUGAGGUAUACAACAAUAAGCCAUUUCAAUACAUCAUGAAAGUCAUCAAAAAAGUUGCUGAUGAUGACCAUCAACAAUGUGAUUGCCUUGUGGUAUGCUUCAUGAGCCAUGGUGAAAAUGGCAUGGUUUAUGCCUAUGAUCAACUGUUUAAGCCAGAGCACCUUUGGUCACCCUUCACUGCUGACUGUUGUCCCUCCUUGGCUGGAAAACCCAAGAUGUUCUUCAUUCAGUUCUGCUCCUUCAGUGAAAGGUGCUAUUCAUACCGCAAUUCAACUGUUGGGUCCUGGUUCAUUCAGUCACUUUGUGCUGUCCUCAUGCAACAUUCCCAAAAGGAAGACCUGAUGAGCAUGUUGACAGAAGUAGCACGUAAAGUAGCAAUUGAGUAUGAAUCCCACAUCCCAGAACAACCAGCCUUGCACAGGAAGAAGCAGGUGCCCACCAUCGCAACUACUCUCAUCCGCAAAGUGUUCUUCACUCCCAAGUCAAGGGGCACCAUUAUUCCCUCUGCCAUGCCA